CGUCCGCGAUGGCAACAGACGCCUCCCUCUUUGCGGGCACCCGUGCGACUACGGGCGUCGAGGAGUAACCUCCCUUUCACUGUGAACGACGACCCGAAAGUCCUCGACGACUUCUACCGGCGAUUUCUGGGGAGCAGACCGGAACUGGUGCCAUCGGAGGAGGUGCGGUGGAUCGCCAUCACACAUAAGAGCUUCGAUCAGGGCGCCCGGGGUUACAACGCGCGAUUAGCGUAUAUGGGCAAACGGAUCGCGGACCUGCAGACGUCACUCGCACUGCUACAACCGAGCCAUGCUGUCACACCUAUUCCGGACCCUUAUGGACGGACGCCUUUCACGCACCCUGCCCUUGAUCAAUUGGACAAUUUGUCACCGGCCCGGAAAUUGGAGAUCUUGAGUCCUACGCGAAUAGCCCCGCUCGCGGAGACAUAUGGUUUGAACCACGUCGUGAGAUGGACUCCUCGAAUGCCGGACAACCUUAAGGAAUCGGGUAUUGAUUCGGUCCUUGCGCAGGCCAUGUAUGCCAUCAUCGGAGCGAUUGCGCUGGAGCAUGGCGGUGCCGCUGCGAAGGCGGUCUUUGACAGUCAGAUUUUGAAAUCUCUG